GGCGCGGGGCCCGCUCCUUGUUGGGCUCCUCCUGCUCCUCGCCGCCGCCGCCGCGUGGAUGCCAAGUUCGAGUUUUCCAGUCCCUUCCAAGUUUCCACUCGGCCCUACGGCUGCAGCCUGCGGGAGCGGACACACCGCGGGGCCCGCGCAGCCCGCUGUUGGCACCAUGAAGUCGGCGGAGGAAGAGCACUACAGCUAUGCAUCCUCCGGUAUCAGUUCUGGCCUACCACUCAGCACAGCACACCCCGCACUGCCAGCCCCAUGCCAUGACCUACAGACGUCUAACCCCGUCAUCUCCGUCCUCCCAUCGACAGGCCACCCCUCGGGCUAUGGGGGCACAGUGGACAGUGGGCCCGCCGGGUACUUCCUGCCCUCAGGUGGCACCCGGCCCAAUGGCGCCCCAGCCCUGGAGAGCCCCCGCAUCGAGAUCACAUCCUACCUGGGCCUGCACCACGGCAGCAACCCAUUCUUCCAUGACGUGGAGGUGGAGGACACUGUCCCCGGUGCCAGGCGGGCACCCUCCACGGCCACACUGCCUCUGCCCGGCCUCGAGGCCUACAGGGACCCCACCUGCCUGAGCCCGGCCAGUAGUCUGUCCUCCCGCAGCUGCAACUCCGAGGCCUCCUCCUACGAGUCCAACUACUCGUACCCCUACGCCUCCCCCCAGACGUCCCCCUGGCAGUCUCCCUGCGUGUCCCCCAAGACCACUGACCCUGAGGAUGGCUUCCCUCGCGGACUGGGGGCCUGCAACCUGCUGGCCUCGCCACGGCACUCACCGUCCACCUCACCGCGGGCCAGCGUCACCGAGGAGAGCUGGCUGGGCCCUCGCGGCUCCCGGCCCUCCUCGCCCUGCAACAAGCGCAAGUAUGGCCUCAAUGGCCGGCAGCCGUCCUGCUCACCACACCCCUCGCCCACCCCGUCCCCGCAGGGCUCCCCACGUGUCAGUGUCACUGAUGACACCUGGCUGGGCAACUCCACGCAGUACACCAGCUCGGCCAUCGUGGCAGCCAUCAACGCCCUGUCCACCGACAGCUCGCUGGACCUGGGUGACGGCGUGCCCGUCAAGGCUCGCAAGACAACGCUGGAGCACACAGCCGCCAUGGCGCUCAAGGUGGAACCAGCCAGUGAGGACCCUGGCACCACCCCACCUGCCGCCACCUUCUCCCCGGAGGAGUUUCCUGCCUUUCAGCACAUCCGCAAGGGCGCCUUCUGUGACCAGUACCUGUCGGUGCCUCAGGCCCCCUGCCCCUGGGUGAAGCCGAAGCCCCUGUCCCCAGCUUCCUACAUGAGCCCGUCCCUGCCUGCCCUCGACUGGCAGCUGCCGCCUCACUCAGGACCGUACGAGCUUCGGAUCGAAGUGCAGCCCAAGUCCCACCACAGGGCCCACUAUGAGACGGAAGGGAGCCGGGGGGCUGUGAAGGCGUCGGCCGGAGGACACCCUAUCGUGCAGCUACAUGGUUACUUGGAAAAUGAGCCGCUCACGCUCCAGCUGUUCAUUGGGACGGCGGACGACCGCUUGCUGAGGCCCCACGCCUUCUACCAGGUCCACCGGAUCACAGGGAAGACUGUCUCCACCACCAGCCAUGAGGCUAUCCUCUCCAACACCAAAGUCCUAGAGAUCCUGCUGCUGCCAGAGAACAACAUGCGAGCAAUCAUCGACUGUGCCGGGAUCUUAAAGCUCAGAAACUCUGACAUCGAGCUUCGAAAAGGGGAGACCGACAUUGGGAGGAAGAACACGCGCGUGAGGCUGGUCUUCCGCGUCCACAUCCCGCAGCCUGGCGGCCGGACCCUGUCCCUGCAGGUCGCGUCCAACCCCAUCGAAUGCUCCCAGAGAUCAGCCCAGGAGCUGCCGCUGGUAGAGAAGCAGAGCACAGACAGCUACCUUGUGGUAGGCGGCAAGAAGAUGGUGCUCUCUGGACACAACUUUCUGCAGGACUCAAAAGUCAUUUUCGUGGAGAAAGCACCAGAUGGUCACCAUGUCUGGGAAAUGGAAGCAAAAACUGACAGAGAAAUGUGCAAGCCAAACUCGCUGGUGGUUGAGAUCCCACCUUUCCGCAACCAGAGAAUCACCAGCCCGGUUCAGGUCAAUUUCUACGUCUGCAACGGAAAGAGGAAGAGAAGCCAGUACCAGCACUUCACCUACCUUCCUGCUAAUGUUCCAAUUAUAAAAACAGAGCCCACCGAUGAUUACGAGCCUGCGCAAACCUGUGGACCAAUGACCCAAGGACUCAGUCCUCUCUCAAAGCCCUACUACAGCCAGCAGCUCCUGCUGCCUCCUGAUCCUGGUGCGUGCCUUGUGGCUGGCUUCACUUCCUGCCAGCAGAGAAGCACUGUGAUGUCACCUCCGCCCAGCACAAGCCCGAAGCUCCACGACCUUUCUUCUGCCACUUACACCAAGUGCAGCCCCAGCACAGGCCACAGUCACCUCGGACUCCAGCAGCCCGCCGGAGGGGCCCCCACCACUCAGGAAGUGCCAAGAUCCAGAGCUGUCCCCUCAAGUGCUCCCCAUCCGUCAUCUCACGCCACGCUGCAGCCGCAGGUGAGUCAACAUCUGAGCAGUAGCUGUUCCCUUGGUUACCAACAAACACUCUAUCCCAACAGUCCCUCUUCUCCAGUUCCGUCCGUUACCCAAGAGCCAACCUAUUUGCAGCCCUGCAGCCCAACGCGCCCAUCUGCAGUGGGCCACCAGCAGCACCAACCGCCGAAGGUUCACAGACAUGAGUCUCCAACCACCCAGCCUCUGUCACUGCCAGAGUUGCAUGAGGACAGUAGUCAUAAUUUGGCCCCUAUUCCUGUAACCAUCAAGCGAGAACCGGAAGAAUUGGACCAGUUGUACCUGGACGAUGUAAAUGAAAUAAUACGAAACGACCUCUCCAGCACUAACAUCCACUCUUAGUUUGCAACGUUGGGUCUCAUUCAGAAGCUGCACAGUGUCAACAGGUGUCAAUUCAGCUUCAGCAUACAAAGAUUUUUGCCUAAAUAAACGGAACACAGUACCUGGUACCACUCAGAACUCCCAACCUCCUGAAUGCUGGGAGCUGAAGAUUUAUGUUCUAUGUACAAAGCAGUAGCUCUCUACCAAGAAGGAAUGAAUGAAUAAGUGAAGGAAGGUAGGAAGGAAGGAAGACCAACCCAUCUUCUGGAGAAAAAGUCAUCUCAAGAAGAAGAAAUGGAGGUGGGGUGGGGUGAAUACAGGGGACGUGCUGUGCAAUGGCCCUUUUGUGGGGCCACUCUUGGGCAAGGUCCAAUGUGGUGGUUUGAUCCCAAGCUUUGCCCUUUGGGCGCUGGAUCUCGAAACUGGAAGUGCCUUAUUGAACCAGGUCAUAGCAUCAGGGCAUCAUGGAAUUGGUCAUUGGAUUUGCUACCAUGAGAGUAUUUGUAGGUGCAAAAUCUAUGAAAACAUUUCAUUACAAUGCUUUCUCUUUUGUAUAAAGUACGAGAAUACUGGCUAGCUAAGGGUUGUGAGAAAAAAGUAAUAUGAGUUUCAUCCUUUUUCUCAACUUCUCCUGGGCUGUAAUAUACAGUGUUGUUGCCUUAUUCAGUGCGUUUUAGAACUCUUCCCAUUUGUCAUCUCAAAUCUUUCAUAGUAUAGUUCCCUCCCUGUGUUACUAAAACCAUAGGAUUGUUGAUAAUAGCAUGCUAGGGUUUUUGUUUUUAAUCUGGCUUCAAACAUAGCACAAGUAAGUUGACUAGCACAAGGUAGGUUAUUGGACAAAAAAAGAAGUCUGUCUGUUGCAGGAUAGAUCUUGCAUUUGCAUGUAUAUACAUAUAUAGGCAUGUAUUUAUAUAUAAAUAAUCAACAGGGGUGGUGAUCUUCAGUCUUCGCCCACAAGGGCUUCACAGUUAGCAAUAACCAGCAUCCACUUUGGAAAAUGCAUCUAGGAUUCCAAGCCUGACUUUUCAGCUACUCCCACUGGGUCCAUCGUACCUCUGACAGGUCUCUGUGUUCUCGCUUCCUACAGUUAUAGGAGCACUUUAGAGAGCCAGGCCAGAUGCAUUCGAAACACACAUGCGUUACCAAAUGGCAAAAUUGGAAAGGGACUGUAAAUAUCAUUAUAAAAGGAGUGUAAUAUAUUUGUUCAAUUAUAAGAUUAUUACUUCGCAGAAGCCUUAUAACUGCUUCAUCGAAGAAAAAUAUUACCAAAAACAAUGUUUUAAUAUGCAGCCAUGUAUAGCAGGUUCUCAUGUCAGUUCAUAUAAUCAGAUAGAGUAGUGUAUGUAGUCUUUGCUAUUGCAUUUUGUACAAUGAACAGCUUAUUACACAUGGUUACUAGCAGUGACCUAUUGUUUCAUAUAACCAAAAAGCAUGGUUUAAUUAAAACAUGUUUAACCUAAUAAUUGUGCCUUAGGAAUUAAUGCCCCCUUAUGGAAUAUGCCUGAACUACACCCUCGGGUGGCGUCGUAAGUUACCAAGUCAUUAAACGCAAUGUUAUGACUGAGAAAGAGCUUUCCCACAAAGAAUUAUUUUUAAAAGGUUCUUCUGUAUGCCUAUGUCUUAUUUUUCUUUUUUUUAACUCACAGAAAGAAACAAAACUCUGAAAGCCAUAUUUGUAACAUUUGCACAUAACCGUGAGGAGCUGAAGAUAUAUGGCUAACUGUACAUAGCUCACUGCCCCACUGGGCAGACUGUUCUCCUGCCUGUUCUACCUGUUCCCCCACCCUGGACUUAGCACCCUAGGAGUUGCAUGAAAUAUUUCUAGUAGACCGUCCUAUGAAAAGGAAACGUUUGAUAUUUGCAUCAGCUAUCUUUGUAGUUAGAAAAUAGAGCCAAUAAAGCAAUAUUUUUUGCUGGACAACCUCCGUCUGAGAGUGAUUGAUUCUGUGGAUAAAUCUGCCUUGUUCUUAGCCGUGUGUUUGACUGUAUUUGCUGUGGUUGUCUGUGAGAAGUGCCUUGUGGUGGGAGAGCUGUGCACUGUGGUCAUAUAAGCAUGGAGCUGCAUCUUGCUGGUAAACCUGCUCUCUUUCUUCCUUACACACGUUGAGAGGAAAGCCAGCUGUAGGGGUAAGUGGGUAAACGAGACCGUUAUCAGAAGCUCCAAACCCAGGACUUCAGAAAUGCCCCUCCCACCUACAUGGAGAAGGAACUUUAGCUUUUGCCAAAUAUUUCUGCUCAGAGAAAUAUCCUGGGUGAGGCUCUGGCCACACACAGACUCCCAUGCAAUCAGACAAUCAUUUGAGCAAGAUAAUGCUUGUGUUUAACCUAACCAUGUGUUCUGUCACCUAUUUCUACUUGCUUCUUUAAGUAACCCCCCCCUGCCCUUUGUCCCCCACCCAAACCUCCUACUUCAAGCUUUGGUGGGGAAAUAUUAUCUAGUCAUUCAUAAGUAUGAAGCCUGGAAUCUCUCCAGUAAUUAUCACUAGGAAUAAUUACUUUGCUUUUAGAAUGUUAAAAAACAUCAGGAUCCCAGUUUCUUUUGCUGAGAGGUUUACAGUUUGAGCUAAAGCACUGGGGAAAUGGUCACCUAAAAGCCAUUAGUAAGCGUCCCCCUCCUGUGUUUUUACGUGCGACAGUAUCUGAAGUGACCUCACCAACAUCAAAGGUCCCAUGAGAAGGGGAAUAAGGAAAAUGCCCGGACGGAGCUUGGUGGCUGUGGUAGAAAAAUGGGUGGUAGUGAGAUAACCGUGGCCUCUCUCUUCCCUGUGACUCAGGCUACUCGAAUGUAUUCAAAUGUCCGUUAAGCUCUCGGUUUCAUGUAGUGCUUGUGUCCUGAAUCAGGGACCUGAGAGAGCCUUGAAACGUUAGACCCCAAAGUGAACCGGGGAGCUCACGCGACCCCCCCUUCUCCUCCCAUUGCUAAUAGUAGUGGGAGUCGGGCUUGGGAACUGUGCUUUGUGUCACUGAAGAACAAACUAGAAGCUAUUAACUUCAAAGAGAGGCUUUGGGGUUUUUUGGGGUUUUUUUCCCCCCCAACCCAAACACUAGACUUGUAUAUUCCAGAAAUAAAAAUAGAAAUUUAUAAAAUGAUAGAUGUCUCUGCCUAGGAAGUCUGUUCUUGUGAAUAACGCUAUUGACUUAGUUUAGUACCUUUUCCGUUGGUUUUGAGUAAUGAGAAAACAUACCCAAGAGCAUAUUUCUAGCAAGAGAAUUGCUGUCAGGAGAAAAGCUACCUGAGUCAAUUAUGUGUUUUGCCCUCCUGAUCUGACCAGAGAGCAGACUACGUUGUCUGGGAGGCUGAGAAAGGUGCCAGCUUAACCUGAGCCGGCUGAGCAGCAGAGCUUCAGGGCACCUACAUGAUGCUCACCUGCCUCAGCACUGGCUAUGCUCAAUGGUCAGAGUCACGCCAGACCCUCAGACAGGUGCACCUUCCUGGGAUUGUUCAGUAUGAGACAAGACAGGGAAAACCAUGCCGCACCCCCAGACCACAUGCGCUAACCCCAUUUUCAGUUUUACUCCUUUUGGUGCCCAUGAUUCUUAGUCCUUCCUGAGUCUGAGACGGUGCAAAAAAAACAAUCUAAUAAGUAUCAUGUUUUCCCUCAUCGCCAAGUGCAGCCAAAGCAAAAAUUCAAGUCUUUGAGGAGGACCCCACUUUGUGUUGGGGGGUCUCAUAAUUUGAACAGUCAUGGGUCCCACUGAUCAGACAAAGCCCUCAUGCCAGUCUCCCACAGCCUCUUCCUCACAUGGUGCAGCCCCCCCAAACAUCUGCACCCCCACUCUUGCUGCCGUGAGAGACAUCAGAGCAAACCGCUGCCUGCUCCUCCUGACUUCUUGGCACCCACUGGGCAGCACCCCAGCUAAUAAUACCAUAAGGAGUGUCUCCUCUCAGUUCUCAUUAAAUAUGUUUGUAAAAACGCUCCCUGUGGGAAUAAAUACACUGUACCAGAGUCAUGUGUUUGGAAAGGCGGUAUUGCAGGAAGAAAAAGGAGUUGAAGCUGGGGUAAAGGACCUCUGUCAAGGGAAGUACUUGCUCCAUUUGAAUUAUCCAUCCCAGGCACUGCAUCUCUAACCUAAUUUGGAAUCACAUAUGUGAGGCACAUCAUAUUCAUAAAUCUUUAUGCCAGAAAAAUCAAGUUAGCUGUAGGAUGACCACAUACAUGUUCAUUCUUGGAGAGCAGACGCAGACCCCUCUGGCCGUCUCCGGGCCCUGUCAGUCAUCCUGGCUUGGGGUCCUGCCAGGAAGCAGGAACCUCGGUUUGUAGGUGUCUGAGUCACUGAGAUGGUGCCAGCGGAGCCCCUGGAUUAUGCACUGAUGUUUUAUUUCACGCUUCCAAAUUAAAAAAGCGGGAGAAGGAGAGGCCACAGGAAGCUCAUUGCUGGCUGUGAGAAGUACUCCACACAGAUGAGAAUGCUUCUUCAACAGUCACACUGAGUGGACAGUCUAAGUAGCGAUGUCCCCUCUGACCAUGCGUCCAGAGGCCCCACCUCUCCUCAUGUCACUCUGCACAGCCCUCAACGCUUCUUUUAAAUGGCAGGAUCAGAAAACCAGUGCCAAUUUUUUUUUUAAUUGUGGUAAAAUAUAUGCAACAUAUAGUUUGCCGUCUAAACCAUUUUUAAAUGUACAGUUCACUGACAUUACAUUCACCAUGUUCUGUAACCAUCACCACUAUCCAUUUCCAAACCUUUUUCUUCACCCUAAACAGAAACUCAGUACCCCUUAAACAAUAGCUCCCUAAUCUCCCCUCCCCUAGACCCUGGUAACAACUAAUAACCUUCUGUCUCUCUGCAUUUCCCUAUUCUAGAUAUUUCAUGUAAGUAGGACCAUAACAAUUUUUCUUCUUUAGUGUCUGACUUAUUUUCGCAUAGUUUUCAAGGUUGGUCCAUAGCAUAGCAGGUAUCAGAACUUCAUUUGUUUUAUGGCUGAAUGAUAAUACUCCAUUGUACGUACGUACCACAUUUUGUUUAUCUGUUCUUCUGGCAUAGACACAGGGGUUGUCGCCACCUUUUGGGUGCUGUGGCAUUUUUCAUUUCCCUGCUCUCUGAAACCAGAUAGCAUUUUCAAACCUGUACAGUGUCAGUCCUUCCCCAAAAAGAGCCAGAACUACUUUUUCAAUGUGCCAUUAUGGGGCCAAUGAGCUGUAGAGCUUCGUGUUAAUGAGUUUAAUUAUCAGAGCACUUUGGUCUCCAGCAGCCAUUGCUCUUUCUUCCAAAAAGGAGGAGGAAAAAGUACUAAUGAGAAGCUAUUUUAGGGGUAGUUUAAAUCCCAUCUGGAAGUGAGUGAGCUUGAAUGACUUAAGCCAACUGUCAUGGGCCUCAUUUCCCCCUUCCUGAUACAUUCUGGGUCCCGACCUGACUCAGAGGUGGAGAGGAAAUGGGCGGCACAGUGUGGCCAGCCCAUCUUCCUCCCCCCUCCAUGUUGCCCCUACUGUCCUUCCCAGUCAGGGGUCACCAACUGCCUCCAGAGUAUCCCUGGGAAGAAGUGCAUUUCCAACCUAUCUCCAUGUGUCUUCCAGAGUGCUCACUGGCUUGCUCACACGUUGCCCCCGGGGUCUCUGUGGCAGCCCGUGUGCUGUUUGUGCCCUCAGGCUCACUGAAAUGCCAUCCCGUCACUCUGCCAUCCUCACUCUGCCAGCCAGGGCAGAAAGGACAGGUGCUAUCUGGAGCAGAGGAGCCAGUGAUCCUACCUCAGGGUCCUGGGAAGCCCCCGGCUCCAUUAGAGUCACUUGUGUGGUGUAGGGCUUUGCUCACCAUUUAGAGUUGAUUACCAUUUGGUUGAGGGUCUCUCGGUGGCACAAAUGGUUAAGCAAUGGACUACUAGCCGAAAGACUGGUGGUUUGAACCCACCCAGAGAUGCCUUGAAAAAUAGGCCUGGCGAUCUGUCUCCAAAAGGUCCCAGCCUUGAAAACCCUAUGGAGCAGUUCUACUCUGCACACAUGGGUUCGCCAUGAGUCCAAGUCGACUCAAUGGCAACUAAUAAUCACAGCCCUUUGGUUGAGGGGUGGGAGCAAGAACUUAGGACCAUCUACACGUGAUGUGAACACAUUUCCAGUGUUUUCCUGUGAGCUGGCUUUUGGGGAAGACCACGGAGCCUGAAGCUGAGGGAGGAGAAGGUGCCGAGAGGAACCCAAGAGGACACUGAGGCCGACAGACAUCUUCACGUCUGGGGCCAUAUUCACUAGCAGGUAGGGUGAGGCUGGAUGAGGCCUGGUGAGGCUUCAGCUCUGUGUGGGCCAGGCUGGGCCUCUCCAAGCCUACUCACAAACAAAGCCAGAGAAGACUGAGUUUACUUUGUGGGGCGGAAAAAGCCCCUCUGAGGUGCAGGCACUGCAGAACUUGGUGACCUUUAGUGAAGAAAGUGUCCAGCGGGGGAGCAGCCACCAGACAAACUAGAAAAUGU